CGGGGUCCGGGGAGAGCGGAUAUAGUGAAUGCGGGGUCCAGGGAGAGCGGAUAUAGUGAAUGCGGGGUGGGGAGAGCAGAUAUAGUGAAUGCGGGGUCCAGGGAGAGCGGAUAUAGUGAAUGCAAGGUGUGGGGAGAGCAGAUAUAGUGAAUGCGGGGUCCGGGGAGAGCGGAUAUAGUGAAUGCGGGGUGUGGGGAGAGCAGAUAUAGUGAAUGCGGGGUCCAGGGAGAGCGGAUAUAGUGAAUGCGGGGUCCAGGGAGAGCGGAUGUAGUGAAUGCGGGGUCCGGGGAGAGCGGAUAU